ACCAUGGAUCACUUAAAACUAACGGUGGAUAAGCUGAGCGUGGAUGAAAUAACUGAAUUGGUUGUGCAUGAGAGUUGCGGUGCAGUGUCCCUAUUUGUCGGGACCACUAGAGAUAAUUUCGAGGAUAAGAAGGUAUUAAGGUUAGAAUAUGAGGCCUAUGAACCUAUGGCCUUGAAAGCUAUGAAGAAUAUUUGUGAGGAAGCGAGGAGCAAGUGGCCAGCGAUCCAUGGCAUUGCUAUGUAUCAUAGACUCGGCAACGUGCCAUGCCGCGAAGCAUCCGUAGUGAUAGCGGUAAGCAGUCCCCACAGAAGGGACUCGCUAGACGCAGUCGCCUACUGCAUAGAGAGCCUCAAAGCGAAUGUACCGAUUUGGAAAAAGGAGGUCUAUGAAGGCAGUGAAGCGGUCUGGAAAGAAAACGUUGAAUGUGCAGGCGUUAAUAAGGAAUAUCCUCAGAGUGUAGAAAUAGAUAAAAAUUUAGUGCAAGUGACUGUAUCUAAUGAGGAAAUACAAAAACGUAUACAGAAUUUUAUCGAAAGAAAGAGAGCGCAAGUGAAUAAAAGUAACAUUCACGACUUUAUACCGGGAAUAGGUGAGAGUGAGAUGGAAGAUACGGAGACGUGUGCUAGAGUGAGAACGCAGUUCGUGAAACGGAAAGACUCGAAAGGGCAUUUGAAAAUCCGUAAAGUCUACAACGAGUGGGGUCCACAAACGGUCCCCACUCCCCCUCCUAUGGAAUCCAAACCGGACUACCUCCCCCCCUCUAUAUCUGAACGCGUGCUAGCGAUAGAAUCGUAUCUCCACACUACACCAGUGUCGAAAGAUAUCUAUCAAAGAUUAAAGGAAAUGGAGGACAAAAUUGCAUAUUUGCAAUCGGUGUCCCCGGAGUAUGCGCAGUUUUGGAAGAAAAAUAAGGAAUCCGAAGAUAUAAAGCAAGAGUAUUCAACUGACUACACAUACUCUGCAGACGACAUCGAUAAGAAAAUUGAAUUACUCGAAAUGCAAGGUGUUAUGUAAAAGAUGAUUUAUUUUCUAUAUAAAUGCUAAAUUUUUAUAUUUCAAUAAACUAUCAAUGCUAUAACUUUAAAUGUUAAUUUAGAAGAGCGAUCCUUCAUCAAUUGUAGCUUAUUACAUCUUUUUUUAUUUAAUAUAGUAACGAACGG